CCCUCUUCCCUUUGCAACCAUCCUCUCUUCACUGCUCGCUCUAACCCCUGUGAGCUGUGACCGAGGAGCCAGAACAUGGCCGACAGUGGAAAUGGGAGCCGAAGCAGCAGCAGCAGCAGCAGCAGCCCGCCAUGCGCAUCGUGCAAGCUGCUGCGGCGGCGGUGCACACAGGAGUGCGUGUUCGCGCCAUACUUCCCACCCGAGGACCCUCACAAGUUCGCCAUCGUCCACAAGGUCUUUGGCGCCAGCAAUGUCAGCAAGAUGCUGCAGGAGCUGCCUGCUCAGCAGAGAGCAGACGCGGUGAGCAGCCUGGUGUACGAGGCGAACGCGCGCAUGAGGGACCCCGUGUACGGCUGCGUCGGCGCCAUCUCCUACCUCCAGCAGCAGGUCUCCCAGCUCCAGGUGCAGCUCGCCCUCGCCAAGGCCGAGAUCCUCUGCGUCCAGAUGCACCACGACUACGAGUCAGCUUCAGCUGCUGCUGCUGCCGCGCCAGCUCCGGCAAAGCAACAACAACUCCAGCAGCAGCAGCAGGAGGAGAUGGAAUGCGAGGCUUAUGGCAACCUGCUCGUGCAGAAUGGCCUGAUGAUGAACACGUUGAACGGUACUGGUGCAGUUCAUCAGCAGCAGAAGCAGAUGCUGGGUGGCUUCGGCUCUGCAGGGAACACUGCAAUGAUGCUCCAGGAGGCGUGCCUCAAGAAAGAGUCCCUUUGGGCAUGAAUGAAUGAAUUAUGUACUCCUUCCAUUUGUCGAUAAGAAAAAAAAACAACCCUUCUUGUCUC